AUGGGCAACGAGGCGAGCUUGGAAGGGGAAGGGCUCCCCGAAGGGCUGGCGGCGGCGGCGGCGGCAGCAGCCGGAGGAGGGGCUGGCGGGGCGGGGAGCCCCUUGCACACCGUGAUCCCGGCCGGCAUGGAAGCGGAUCUGAGCCAACUGAGCGAAGAGGAGAGGAGACAGAUCGCUGCUGUCAUGUCAAGGGCGCAGGGGCUGCCCAAAGGAAGCGUUACCCCGGCCGCUGCGGAGCCGCCUUCCAUGCACAGGAAACAAGAGUUGGAUAGUAGUCAACCUCCAAAGCAACCAGGAAAACCGCCAGACCCUGGGCGUCCAAUUCAGCCUGGUCUCAGUAAGAGUAGAACUACAGACACUCUAAGGUCAGAGCAGAAAUUGCCUGGAAGGAGUCCUUCCACUAUUAGCUUGAAAGAAUCGAAAUCCAGAACUGAUUUUAAGGACGAGCACAAGUCUAGUAUGAUGCCUGGCUUCCUCUCAGAGGUUAAUCCUUUAAGUGCUGUCUCCUCUGUUGUAAAUAAAUUCAAUCCUUUUGAUUUGAUAUCAGACCCUGAUGCCUCCCAGGAAGAAGCCUCCAAGAAACAAAAAAUAGCUCAGAAGGAACAAGGAAGACCCGAGGGAGUCACAAAGCCUCCAUCACAACAACAGUCUCCCAAGACAGUUCCUAAGCAGCCAGGACCUGUGAGGGCUCCACUUCAGCAGGAAGGUUCUCCAAAAUCCGGAUCCUCUCAGCCGCCAGAAAAAAGUAAAUCACAACCUCCAGAAACAGGAAAGCCAGCUCAGGGCUUCCCCCAGGCGCCGCAGACAGACCAGGUAAAAUUGCCACUUCAGAGAGAUGCAUCCAGGCCUCAGACUAAACAGACAGACCCAGGAAGGGGUGAGUCGGCUAAACCCUCACUGCAAAGCCCCUCUAAGCCACCUAUUCAGCAAGGAAGUCCUGGAAAAUCUCCAGCCCAGCAGCCUGGAGCUGAAAAACGUACCAUACCACCGCCUGGGCCUGCAAAGCCCCUAGCUCAACAACUGGGAACAGCAAAGCCCCUGGCCCAAGCUCCAGGGCCCACAAAGCCUGGAGCUCAGCCUCCUGGGCCAGCAAAGCCCCUAGCCCAGCAGCCAGGGACAACAAAAUCCCUGGCUCACCAACCCGGGCCACAGUCUCCAGCUCAGCCGCCUGGGCCAGCAAAGGCUCCAGCUCAGCAGGUUGGGACAACAAAGCCUCAGGUCCAGUCGUCCGGGCCAGGCAAGACUCCGCCUCAACAGGCUGGCCCAGCGAAGCCCCCUCCUCAACAGCCGGGCCCAGUGAAGCCCCCUCCUCAACAGCCAGGCCCAGUGAAGCCCUCUCCUCAACAGCCGGGCCCAGCAAAGCCCUCUCCUCAACAGCCUGGUCCAGCGAAGCCCCCUCCUCAACAGCCAGGCCCAACGAAGCCCCCUCCUCAACAGCCUGGUCCAGCGAAGCCCCCUCCUCAACAGCCAGGCCCAACGAAGCCCCCUCCUCAACAGCCGGGCCCAAUGAAGCCCCCUCCUCAACAGCCAGGCCCAACGAAGCCCCCUCCUCAACAGCCGGGCCCAGCAAAGCCCCUUCCUCAACAGCCGGGCCCAGCGAAGCCCCCUCCUCAACAGCCGGGCCCAGCGAAGCCCCCUCCUCAACAGCCAGGCCCAGCGAAGCCCCCUCCUCCACAAGCAGGACCUGCAAAGCCCUCAGCUCAGCAGUCUACAAAACCAGUAAGCCAAACAGGAGCUGGGAAACCUCAGCAGCCCCAAACGUUUCCAUCUGCAGCACAGACUCCAGCACACGGCCUCCCUAAAACCAUCUGCCCUCUUUGCAAUACCACCGAACUUCUGUUGCAUGUUCCAGAAAAGGCCAAUUUUAACACGUGCACCGAGUGUCAGACCACGGUCUGUAGCCUCUGUGGUUUUAAUCCCAAUCCUCAUUUAACUGAGAUGAAAGAGUGGCUCUGUUUAAACUGUCAGAUGCAGAGAGCUCUAGGAGGUAACCUGGCUCCAGUUCCAUCAUCACCCCAGCCCAAAGCGAAGACUGCCCCUGUUCCUGCAUCAGCAGUGAGCCAGCCGCCCUCGCCAUCACAGCAGGUUUCUCCAAAGAAAGAUACUGCACCCAAACAGGACGUCUCCAAGGCAGCUGAGUCCAAAAGGCCCCCACCACUAGUGAGACAGCCAACCCUUCACAGUCCCCACCCAGUCACAUCCCAGCAGCCCCCUGAGGCAGAGUCCUCACCCAAGCCAGCCCCUCCCAAAGAGCCUUCCGUCCCGUCUGAACCGGCCAGAGCCUCCAUGGCUGAUGAUAAACCAGAGCAGCCCCAGACAGGAAAGGCCGCCACAGACAUUGUGUCUUCAUCAACAGCAACAAGACCGGAUAUUCCAGGCUCCAAAAUACCAUCACAGGAUCAAGAGAAAACAACUCCUCCUCUAAAACCAGACUCUGCCAAACCUUCUCAGAGUUUUCCACCAACAGGAGAAAAAGUUACCCCAGUAGAUUCUAAAGUCAUACCUCGACCUGCAUCAGAUACAAAAAUUAUUUCACAUCCCGGACCUACUCCAGAGGGCAAAGAUCAAAAACAAGUUGAUCCAAUUCAGAAAAAGGACGAACCCAAGAAAGCACAAACCAAAAUGAGUUCUAAGCCAGACACCAAGCCGAUGCCAAAAGGGUCACCGACACCCCAGGGUCCACGACCCCCCACUGGACAAACUGCCCCUCUAUCUCCACAGCCCCCAAAGCCUCAGGAGCAGUCGAGACGUUUUAGCCUAAAUCUGGGAAGUAUUACUGAUGCCCCUAAAUCACAGCCCACAACUCCUCAAGAAACAGUAACUGGGAAACUCUUUGGGUUUGGAGCAUCCAUCUUUAGCCAGGCAUCAAGUCUGAUCUCCACAGCAGGCCAGCCUGGGUCUCAUUCACAGGGUGGGCCAGCGGCCCCAACAAAACAAGUUCCUCCUCCUUCACAACCACCUACUUCUCAAGGGCCACCCAAAUCCACAGCACCGCCAGCACCUGCAAAGGUUCUACCUGUGAAAAAGGAAACCAAAGCUCCAGUAGUUGAAAAACUAGAGCCCAAAGCUGAACAAGUUUCAACAGUAAAAAGAACAGAAACUGAAAAGAAGUCUUUGCCUACUAAGGAGAGCAAACCUUCCACGGCUGAACCUCAAAAGGUUGUUCUUCCCCCCAAACUGGAAGAAACCCCCAAACCAGACUCAGCCUGUCCUCUCUGCAAAACUGAACUCAACAUAGGUUCUAAGGAUCCUGCUAACUUCAACACUUGCACUGCAUGCAAGAAACAAGUGUGUAAUCUCUGUGGAUUUAAUCCUACGCCACACUUGACUGAGAUUCAAGAAUGGCUUUGUUUAAAUUGCCAAACCCAGAGAGCAAUAUCAGGACAGCUGGGAGACAUGGGCAAAAUGCCACCAACACAGGCAGGACCAAAAGCCUCUGCUAUGCCUGUCCCUACAGAGCAGCCAUUUCAGGAGACAGCAGUGCCUGCCCCAGUAAAAGUGAAAAAGAAGGAACAGGAAGAAAAACCUGACGCUGAAAAAUCCAUUUCAGAAAAGGUAAAAGAAACACCUUCAGGUGAAAAAAUUCCCCCUAAGGAAACCAUAGCUCAAAUCCGAGAGGAGAGGAAAGGAGAGAAAGACAAAACUUCAGCCCCUCAAGAAAAAAAGCCACCCCCUGAAGGCAAAAAGCCACCUUCUGAAGACAAAAGGCCACUCCCUGAAGAAAAAAAGCCACCUCUCGAAGAAAAACAACCAACCCUUAAAGAGAAAAAGCCGGCUCUUGAAGACAAAAAGUUAGCCCCAGGAGCAAAAUCAUUGGUUCUAGAGGAAGAACAGAAACAGGACUUACUUAAAACUCAAGUACAAAUUGCUGAAGUAAAACCUGAAGGCAGAGUGCCUCCAGAGGCAAGGGAAGAAAAGAAGCAACCGCCAAUGGGGACGGAAGAUUUACCAGCCGGCGCACCUCGGCGUUUGCCUAAAGAAGAUGAUGGGAUGACUCAAAAAAUAAAAGUACAGCCACAGGCACCAUGCAUGGCAAAGCCUGAUCAGACGGAAUCUGGAAAGGAAAAAACAGAAAAGGAAGAUGACAAAUCAGACACUUCAAGUUCUCAGCAACCGAAAAGCCCACAAGGUCUUAGUGACACAGGAUAUUCUUCUGAUGGAAUAUCAAGUUCACUUGGUGAAAUUCCAAGUCUUAUUCCCGGUGAUGAAAAGGAUUUGCUCAAGGGACUCAAAAAGGAUUCCUUUUCACAAGAAAGCAGCCCUUCCAGCCCCUCAGAUUUGGCUAAGUUAGAAAGUACAGUCCUAUCUAUUUUAGAAGCUCAGGCAAGUACACUUGUUGAAGAAAAGUCAGAAAAGAAAACACAGCCCCAUGAGGUUUCUCCUGAGCAGCCUAAGGACCAGCAGAAAACUCAGAGUUUAGAGGAAAAACUGGAAUCUACAGUCCCAGAAGAGGAGCUCAAAGAGAGUCGAGAAGAAGGAGACAGUUUUAAAAAAGAGAGCCAACAAGACCUUCCUUCCAGAAAGGACCAAGAAAAGCCUGAAUUUGUUGACGAGUUGGCUACAAGGAGACAGCCUUAUGAUUCAAUUGAAGACAGUAGUGAAAGCGAAAACUCACCUGUUCCACAGAGAAAAGGGAGGCCUAGUGUUGGUUCAUCAAGCAGUGAUGAGUAUAAACAGGAAGACAGCCAAGGAUCAGGUGAAGAGGAGGACUUCAUUCGAAAGCAAAUCAUAGAAAUGAGUGCUGAUGAAGAUGCUUCAGAUUCUGAAGACGAUGAGUUCAUUAGGAACCAGCUCAAAGAGAUUAGCAGUAGUAUAGAAAGCCAGAAGAAGGAAGAAGCCAGAGGGAAGGGGAAAGGACCAGGAGGGAAACACAGGCGACUGACGCGAAAAAGUAGUGCAAGCUUUGAUGACGAUGCAGGAAGACGCCAUUCCUGGCAUGAUGAAGAUGAUGAGACCUUUGAUGAAAGUCCUGAGCUUAAAUACAGAGAAACUAAAAGUCAGGAGAGUGAAGAACUUGUAGUUGCCGGAGGAGGAGGACUCCGUCGAUUUAAAACAAUUGAACUCAACAGCACGAUAGCAGAUAAAUAUUCUACAGAGCCAUCACAGAAAAAAACAGCUUUGUAUUUUGAUGACGAGCCAGAAUUAGAAAUGGAAAGCCUGACAGACUCUCCAGAAGAUCGAUCAAGGGGGGAAGGGUCUUCUAGUCUUCAUGCUUCCAGCUUCACUCCUGGCACAUCCCCUACAUCCGUUUCUUCUCUGGACGAAGACAGUGAUAGUAGUCCAAGUCACAAAAAAGGAGAAAGCAAACAGCAACGCAAAGCUCGACAUAGAUCACACGGCCCUCUUUUACCUACCAUUGAAGAUUCUUCAGAGGAAGAAGAAUUGAGAGAAGAAGAAGAAUUAUUAAAGGAGCAAGAAAAGCAACGGGAAUUAGAACAGCAGCAAAGAAAGAGUUCUAGUAAGAAAUCAAAGAAAGACAAAGAUGAACUUCGAGCUCAGAGAAGGAGGGAAAGACCAAAGACACCACCCAGUAAUCUCUCUCCCAUCGAAGACGCAUCUCCAACAGAAGAAUUACGCCAGGCUGCAGAAAUGGAGGAGCUCCAUCGAUCUUCGUGUUCUGAAUAUUCACCUAGCAUAGAGUCAGACCCAGAAGGCUUUGAAAUAAGCCCAGAAAAAAUAAUCGAAGUACAAAAAGUUUAUAAAUUGCCCACAGCUGUGUCUUUAUACUCACCGACAGAUGAGCAAUCUCUUAUGCAGAAAGAAGGUGGCCAAAAGGCAUUAAAAAGUGCUGAGGAGAUGUAUGAAGAAAUGAUGCAUAAAACCCAGAAAUAUAAAGCUUUUCCAGCUGCAAAUGAACGAGACGAAAUGUUUGAAAAAGAGCCUUUGUAUGGGGGGAUGCUAAUAGAAGAUUAUAUUUAUGAAUCUUUAGUAGAAGACACAUACAAUGGUUCAGUUGACAGCAGUCUGCUCACGAGGCAAGAAGAAGAAAAUGGAUUUUUGCAGCAGAGAGGGAGAGAGCAAAAAAUGAGACUUCCAGAACAGAUUUAUGAAGAUCCCAUGCAGAAAAUUACAGACCUCCAGAAAGAGUUUUAUGAGUUAGAAAAUUUACAUGCUGUUUUGCCUCAAGAAGACAUCGUUUCAAGUUCUUUUAUCAUCCCAGAAAGCCAUGAGAUUGUUGAUCUGGGUAGUAUGGUAACUUCAACCAGUGAGGAAAAAAAAUUAUUAGAUGCUGAUGCUGCCUAUGAAGAACUCAUCAAAAGGCAACAGAUGCAGUUAACACCUGGAUCUAGUCCAACCCAGCCCCUCAUCAGAGACGAUAUGACAGAGUCCACUGUGGACUUUGAUAGGGUGCCUGAUGCAUCUUUGACAUCAAGUGUUCUCUCGGGAGCAUCUCUUACAGAUUCAACCAGCAGCACAACACUCUCCAUCCCAGAUGUUAAAAUAACCCAACAUUUUUCAACAGACGAAAUUGAGGAUGAAUAUGUGACUGAUUAUACAAGAGAAAUUCAAGAGAUAAUUGCUCAUGAAUCACUGAUUUUGACCUAUUCUGAACCUUCAGAAAGUGCUACAUCAGUCCCACCCUCUGACACACCCUCUCUCACAUCAUCUGUUUCUUCAGUUUGUACCACAGAUAGCUCCUCACCCAUUACUACCCUGGAUAGCAUGACCACAGUUUAUACGGAGCCAGUGGACAUUGUAGCUAAAUUUGAAGAUGCUGAGGAAAUUUCUUCAUCAACAUAUUUCCCAGGCAGCAUUAUAGACUAUCCAGAAGACAUAAGUAUACCUUUAGAUCAGACAACCAUACAGGAUGGUAGAACUAGUACAGAUCACAUUGUGAUUUCCUUAUCUGAUAUAAAACCUUCUCUCAUAGAAUCUGUAGGAACUAAACUUGAGGGGCUAAUUGCUGACACUGUUUCUACUGACUUAUCUAUAUCUGAAAAAGAUGCAGCAAAGAAGGCCAGAAAGGAAACAGGGGAUGGACUUAUUCUGGAAGUUUUGGAAGCUUAUAGAGAUACUAGGAAGGAGUCUGAGGCUGAACUGACAGAAAUUAGCUUACCUGACACUGUGUUUGAUCAGACACCUUCUUCCGUAAAAACCCUUCCAAUGAAGGAGCAGGUUUCAACAACAUGCUUUUUACCUGAAGAGGUUUUGGGUCAAGCAAAACCCACAUCUCAGCUACCAUCUGGCACUCCUCCUGUUUUCUCUCUUCCAACUAAAACUCGUCCAUUCCUUCGAAGUUCUUCUUUGGACACAUCAGCCCAGCCCAAUGGCCAAUUUUUAACCCCUCCUCCCCCUCCACCACCUCUUCCUCCUCCUACCUCACCUAAACCAACUAUUCAUCCUAAAAAAAAGUUAACGGUUACAGCUCCAGUGACUGCAGCUACAUCUCUAGUAGAUUCUGUUCCCACAGUGGAGACCACAUCUGCUCCCAGAAGUAAUGGGUUACCUAUGACAAAAAUAUAUACCACUGCACCUCCUCCUGUUCCUCCUAAGCCAUCCUUAAUUCCAUCUGGACUUGUAUUUACACAUAGACCCGAGCCAAGCAAACCUCCACUUGCUCCUAAACCAGCAGUUCCUCAACCUCCAGUCACUACCCCAAAACCAACAGAUACAUACCCCAAACCAACAGGUCUACCUUUAACUACAAGUAUGACAUUAAAUUUAGUGACAUCAGCAGACUAUAAAUUGCCUUCCCCUACCUCUCCACUUUCCCCUCAAUCUAACAAGUCCUCGCCAAGAUUUUCCAAGUCUCUUAUGGAAACUUAUGUGGUUAUCACAUUGCCAUCUGAACCUGGCACUCCAACAGAUGCUUCACCUAGUCAAGCUAUUACCAGUUGGCCGUUGGGAUCACCCCCCAAAGAUCUGAUUUCCAUCGAACCAGUAUUUUCUGUAGUUCCUCCUAUGACAGCUGCAGAAAUAUCAACUUCUUCACAACAGAGCCUAUACAUCUCCAGAGCUUUGGAGACAUUUGCUGCUAUCCCAGUCACAACACUGUCUUCAUUUCAAGCAACUUCAGCUUCAGUUACACAGUUUCACCCAACUGAAGUUUCCAAGGCUGAAGUUCCAACAGCAAGAAGUACAGUCCCUAGUGUUGGUCUCAGCAGUGUCUCUAUAUCCUUUCCUCCAGAGCCUCUUGCUCUAGAUCACCUCCGUUUAGAGAAGCAGCAGCAUAAAGAAGAUGUCCAGUUGCAACUUGUUGGUGAUGCCAUUGAUCUGCGUACAGUACCCAAAGUAGAUGUUAAAGUAACUGAAAAAUGUAUGGAUCUUUCUGCCUCUGCAGUGGAUGUGAAGAGGCAGACCACAACAAGUGAAAUGUAUGGGAGACAAAUUAGUGCUGUCCAGCCCUCAAUUAUAAAUCUCAGUGCAACUUCAUCAGGAGUGACUCCUACACCCCUGGUCACCGAGACAGUGACUGUUGUCACAUGCACAGCUACUGCAAGUUACACUACAGGCACAGAAAGCCUAGUGGGUCCAGAACUUGCAGCAGCAGCACCACUCCAGCUUACUACAUCAAAGCAUGUGGAGCCACCACACAGAGUGCCAAGUGGCCAGAUCUUUCCUACAAUUAGGGAGGAAGCACCAAUAAAUUUAUCUUUAAGUACUUCUGCACAUGCCGUGACAUCAGCUCCUACAAAACCUGUUACUGCACCUCCUGUUGGUGUCACAAAUGGAUGGACUGAUAGCUCCACAUCCCAGAGCAUCACUGAUGGGGAAGUGGUGGAUCUCAGUACCUCCAAAGCUCAUAAAACUGUUGUAACAAUGGAUGAAGCUUCUUCAAAUGUGGUGACUAAAAUAAUAGAAGAUGAUGAAAAACCUGUUGAUCUGACUGCCGGAAGAAGAGCCGUGUGCUGUGAUGUGGUUUAUAAGUUACCCUUUGGAAGAAGCUGCACGGCACAGCAGCCUGCAACCAGUCUUCCUGAGGAUCGUUUUGGUUAUAGGGAUGAUCACUAUCAAUAUGAUCGAUCAGGGCCAUAUGGUUAUAGAGGGAUUGGGGGAAUGAAACCUUCCAUGUCUGACACUAAUUUAGCAGAAGCUGGACAUUUUUUCUAUAAAAGUAAGAACGCUUUUGAUUAUUCUGGAGGAACUGAUGCAGCAGUAGAUCUUACUUCAGGGAGAAUUACUACAGGUGAGGUAAUGGAUUAUUCAAGCAAGACUACAGGUCCAUAUCCAGAAACUCGACAAGUCAUUUCAGGAGUUGGGAUUAGUACCCCGCAGUAUUCCACAGCAAGAAUGACUCCACCUCCAGGACCCCAGUAUGGUGUGGGGAGCGUUUUGAGGUCAUCUAAUGGGGUUGUCUAUUCUUCAGUAGCAACUCCAAUUCCUUCCACGUUUGCUAUCACCACACAGCCUGGCUCCAUUUUCAGCACCACCAUGAGGGAUUUGUCUGGUGUGCACACAAAUGACGCCGUGACUUCCUUAUCCUCCCUGCACCAAAGUCAGCCCAUGCCUAGAUCCUAUUUCCUAACAACUGGUGCAUCCGAAACAGACAUUGAAGUCACUGGUAUUGAUAUCAGUGCCAGUUUGCAGACUAUCACUAUGGAGACUCUCACGGCUGAGACAAUGGACUCGGUUCCCACCCUGACCACAGCGUCUGAAGUAUUUCCCGAGGUGGUGGGAGAGGAAAGUGCGCUUUUAAUCAUCCCCGAGGAAGAUAAGCAACAACAGCAGCUAGAUUUGGAGCGUGAGCUCUUGGAACUGGAAAAGAUCAAGCAACAGCGUUUUGCUGAGGAGUUGGAGUGGGAACGGCAGGAGAUUCAAAGGUUCCGAGAACAGGAAAAGAUCAUGGUUCAGAAGAAGCUGGAGGAGCUGCAGUCAAUGAAGCAGCACCUCCUCUACCAGCAGGAGGAGGAGCGGCAAGCCCAGUUCAUGAUGAGGCAGGAGACACUAGCGCAACAACAGUUGCAGCUGGAACAGAUCCAGCAGCUGCAGCAACAGCUUCACCAGCAGCUGGAGGAGCAGAAGAUCCGCCAGGUCUACCAGUAUAACUAUGACCCUUCCGGAACUGCCUCUCCACAGACUACUGCAGAGCAGGCCAUCCUGGAAGGUCAGUAUGUUGCCCCAGAAGGUGGUCAGUUCUGGGCAACCGAAGAUGCAACCACCACGGCCUCAGCUGUGGUGGCGAUUGAAAUACCACAGAGCCAGGGAUGGUACACGGUUCAGUCUGACGGGGUGACUCAGUACAUUGCCCCACCUGGCAUUCUGAGUACUGUUUCAGAAAUACCUCUGACAGAUGUAAUCGUCAAAGAGGAGAAACAACCCAAGAAGAGAAGUUCUGGAGCUAAAGUCCGCGGCCAGUACGACGAGAUGGGGGAUAAUCUGGCAGAUGACUCCCGCUGCUUUAAAAAGAUAGUGGACAGUGGGGUACAGACUGACGAUGAAGAUUCAGCAGAUCGGAGUUACGUGAGUAGGAGAAGGAGAACUAAAAAGAGUGUCGAUACGAGUGUCCAAACGGAUGACGAAGAUCAGGAUGAAUGGGACAUGCCUGCUAGAUCUAGGAGGAAAGCUCGCGUAGGGAAAUACGGCGACAGCCCUGCAGAGGCGGACAAGGCCAAACCCCCUUCCAAAGUCUCCAGCAUAGCCGUACAAACAGUAGCAGAGAUAUCUGUGCAAACUGAACCAGUCGGAACCAUAAGAACACCUUCGAUACGGGCACGCGUGGAUGCCAAGGUAGAAAUAAUUAAACACAUUUCAGCACCUGAAAAGACUUACAAAGGGGGCAGUUUAGGAUGUCAAACAGAAGCAGAUUCAGACACACAGAGUCCUCAAUAUCUGAGUGCCACCUCUCCACCCAAAGACAAGAAACGCCCAACACCUUUAGAAAUUGGUUAUUCAUCUCACCUCCGGGCAGAUUCCACACUACAGCUGGCUCCUUCCCCACCCAAAUCUCCAAAAGUCCUUUAUUCUCCCAUCUCACCACUUUCACCAGGCAAAGCCUUAGAAUCAGCCUUUGUACCUUAUGAGAAACCCCUCCCUGAUGAUAUAAGUCCACAGAAAGUACUGCAUCCAGAUAUGGCUAAAGUUCCCCCAGCAAGUCCUAAGACAGCCAAGAUGAUGCAGCGCUCCAUGUCUGACCCCAAGCCUCUGAGUCCAACAGCAGACGAAAGUUCCAGGGCUCCUUUUCAGUAUACCGAGGGCUACACGGCCAAAGGUUCUCAAACCGCAACAACCUCUGGCACUCAGAAAAAAGUGAAGAGAACUCUGCCAAACCCACCACCUGAGGAGACCUCCACAGGAACCCCGUCAGCCUACAGCGCAGUGGGCACAGUCUCCAGGAGAAGGAUCUGCAGAACCAACACGAUGGCCCGAGCCAAGAUUCUCCAGGAUAUCGACAGAGAGCUUGAUCUUGUGGAGAGGGAAUCUGCCAAGCUCAGGAAGAAACAAGCAGAACUUGAUGAGGAAGAAAAGGAGAUUGAUGCUAAGUUACGGUACCUAGAAAUGGGGAUUAACAGGAGGAAAGAGGCCUUGUUAAAGGAGCGAGAAAAGAGAGAGAGAGCCUAUCUCCAGGGAGUAGCUGAGGAUCGUGAUUACAUGUCCGACAGUGAGGUCAGCAGCACCAGACCAACCCGAAUUGAAAGUCAGCAUGGCAUCGAGCGACCAAGAACUGCUCCCCAAACUGAAUUCAAUCAGUUUAUUCCACCACAAACCCAAACAGAAUCUCAGCUAGUCCCUCCUACGAGUCCUUAUACCCAGUACCAAUACUCUUCCCCUGCCCUUCCUACUCAAGCACCCACCCCAUACACCCAACAGUCCCACUUUCAGCAACAGACUCUGUACCAUCAGGAAGUUUCACCUUAUCAGACUCAGCCAACCUUCCAAGCUGUGGCAACGAUGUCCUUCACACCUCAGGCUCAACCUACACCAACCCCACAACCUUCUUACCAGUUGCCAUCGCAGAUGAUGGUGAUACAACAAAAGCCACGGCAAACUGCAUUAUAUUUGGAGCCCAAGAUAACGUCCAACUAUGAGGUGAUUCGCAACCAACCCCUGAUGAUAGCACCUGUUUCUACUGAUAAUACAUAUGCGGUUUCCCAUCUUGGUAGUAAGUACAACAGCUUAGAUUUGAGAAUAGGAUUGGAGGAAAGAAGUAGCAUGGCAAGCAGUCCAAUAUCAAGCAUAUCUGCAGAUUCUUUCUAUGCAGAUAUUGACCAUCAUACUUCGCGAAAUUAUGUCUUAAUUGAUGACAUUGGUGAGAUUACCAAAGGAACAGCAGCUUUAAGCACUGCAUUUAGCCUUCACGAAAAAGAUCUGUCAAAAACAGAUCGUCUCCUCCGAACCACUGAGACACGUAGGUCUCAAGAAGUGACAGAUUUCCUAGCACCUCUGCAGACUUCGUCCAGAUUGCAUAGUUACGUGAAAGCAGAGGAGGACCCAAUGGAGGAUCCUUAUGAGUUAAAGCUUCUGAAACAACAGAUUAAACAAGAAUUCCGUAGAGGAGCAGAGAGCUUAGACCACCUUGCUGGUCUUUCUCAUUAUUACCAUGCUGAUACUAGUUACAGACAUUUUCCAAAAUCUGAGAAGUACAGCAUUAGUAGACUCACACUUGAAAAACAAGCAGCAAAACAACUACCAGCUGCCAUACUUUAUCAAAAGCAGUCAAAGCAUAAGAAGUCACUAAUUGACCCUAAAAUGUCAAAAUUCUCACCUAUUCAAGAAAGUAGAGACCUUGAACCUGACUAUUCAAGCUAUAUGACUUCAAGCGCUUCAUCUAUUGGUGGCAUUUCUUCCAGGGCAAGGCUUCUUCAAGAUGAUAUUACUUUUGGCCUCAGAAAAAAUAUUACAGACCAACAAAAAUUUAUGGGAUCAUCUCUUGGCACAGGACUGGGCACCUUAGGAAAUACCAUACGGUCAGCUCUGCAGGAUGAAGCGGAUAAGCCAUAUAGCAGUGGCAGCAGGUCCAGACCUUCUUCCAGACCUUCCUCUGUCUAUGGGCUCGAUUUAUCAAUUAAAAGAGAUUCUUCCAGUUCUUCUCUAAGACUGAAAGCUCAAGAGGCUGAAGCUCUAGAUGUUUCCUUUAGUCAUGCAUCACCUUCUGGGAGAACUAAGCCUACCAGUUUGCCUAUUAGCCAGAGUAGAGGAAGGAUACCAAUUGUGGCCCAGAAUUCUGAAGAGGAAAGUCCACUCAGUCCUGUUGGACAGCCAAUGGGAAUGGCCAGGGCUGCUGCUGGACCCCUUCCACCAAUAUCUGCAGACACCAGGGACCAGUUUGGAUCCAGUCACUCUUUGCCUGAAGUUCAGCAACACAUGAGAGAAGAAUCACGGACCCGAGGCUACGAUCGUGACAUAGCAUUCAUCAUGGAUGACUUCCAACAUGCCAUGUCAGACAGUGAAGCCUAUCACCUCCGUCGUGAAGAAACAGAUUGGUUUGACAAACCCAGGGAGUCUCGUUUGGACAAUGGACAUGGUCUAGAUCGAAAACUACCCGAAAGAUUGGUCCACUCUAGACCACUAAGUCAACACCAAGAGCAAAUUAUACAGAUGGAUGGGAAAACUGUGCACUACAUCUUUCCACAUGCAAGGAUAAAAAUAACAAGAGACUCUAAGGAUCACACGGUUUCAGGUAAUGGAUUAGGAAUUAGAAUUGUGGGUGGUAAAGAAAUCCCUGGACAUAGCGGAGAAAUUGGAGCCUAUAUUGCCAAGAUUCUUCCUGGGGGAAGUGCCGAACAGACAGGGAAACUUGUGGAAGGCAUGCAAGUAUUGGAGUGGAAUGGAAUUCCUUUAACUUCUAAAACAUAUGAAGAAGUGCAGAGUAUCAUUAGUCAGCAAAAUGGGGAAGCAGAAAUAUGUGUAAGACUGGACCUCAAUAUGCUGUCAGAUUCUGAAAAUCCCCAGCACCUAGAGCUCCAUGAACCACCAAAAGCUGUGGAUAAAGCGAAGUCCCCAGGGGUUGAUCCCAAGCAGUUGGCAGCAGAACUCCAGAAGGUCUCACUACAGCAGUCGCCACUGGUUCUGUCAUCUGUUGUUGAAAAGGGGUCUCACGUUCAUUCAGGUCCUACGUCGGCAGGGUCCAGUUCCGUUCCCAGUCCUGGGCAGCCAGGGUCACCCUCAGUGAGCAAAAAGAAGCACAGUAGCAGCAAGCCGCCCGAUGUAGCAAAGGUUGUCUCUCAUCCAAUUACGGGGGAAAUUCAGCUUCAAAUCAACUAUGACCUUGGAAAUCUCAUAAUACAUAUUCUCCAAGCAAGAAACCUAGUCCCUCGAGACAACAAUGGUUAUUCAGACCCCUUUGUUAAAGUGUACCUUCUUCCAGGGAGAGGUCAAGUCAUGGUUGUCCAGAAUGCAAGUGCUGAGUACAAGAGAAGGACUAAAUACGUUCAGAAAAGUCUUAAUCCUGAGUGGAAUCAAACAGUGAUUUAUAAAAGUAUCUCCAUGGAACAGCUCAAGAAGAAAACACUGGAGGUGACAGUCUGGGAUUAUGAUAGAUUUUCUUCCAAUGACUUUCUUGGUGAGGUACUGAUUGAUUUAUCUAGCACGUCUCACCUUGAUAACACGCCUAGGUGGUAUCCGCUCAAAGAACAGACUGAAAGCAUUGAUCAUGGCAAGUCCCAUUCCAGUCAGAGCAGCCAGCAGUCCCCAAAGCCAUCUGUCAUCAAAAGCAGAAGCCAUGGUAUCUUCCCUGACCCAUCCAAGGACAUGCAGGUUCCCACCAUUGAGAAAUCCCAUAGUAGUCCCGGUAGCUCGAAAUCCUCAUCCGAAGGCCAUCUCCGCUCUCAUGGACCAUCUCGCAGUCAAAGCAAAACCAGCGUCACUCAGACCCACCUGGAAGAUGCAGGGGCUGCUAUAGCCGCUGCCGAAGCUGCUGUGCAACAGCUCCGCCUUCAACCAACCAAGCCCACCAAUCAGCGGCCUGCAGAAAGCUCCGUGUCCACUGGCUCCUCGGGCAGCAGCUUUGGCAGUGGGUAUAGCGUGGACAGUGAAGGAAGCGGCAGCACUGCAGGGGAGACUAAUCUAUUUCCUAUUCCAAGGAUAGGAAAGAUGGGACAGAAUGGGCAAGAGCCUAUAAAACAGACAGGAGUAGGCAUAGGACUAGCAGACACUGAAGUUAAAACUCAGGUAAUGGGAGAAAUCAAGAUUGCAUUGAAGAAAGAAAUGAAGACAGAUGGGGAACAACUAAUAGUUGAAAUCCUACAGUGUAGAAAUAUUACCUACAAAUUUAAAUCUCCUGAUCACUUACCAGAUUUAUAUGUGAAACUAUAUGUGAUGAACAUAUCUACCCAAAAAAAGGUGAUCAAGAAAAAAACAAGAGUAUGUAGACAUGAUCGAGAGCCUUCAUUCAAUGAAACUUUUAGAUUCAGUCUAAGUCCUGCUGGACAUUCUCUUCAGAUUUUACUUUUUUCCAAUGGAGGGAAGUUUAUGAAAAAGACCUUGAUUGGCGAAGCCUGUAUCUGGCUUGACAAAGUGGAUCUCAGAAAAAGAAUAGUCAACUGGCACAAACUUUUGGUCAGUCCUACUCAAACCCACUGAAGAAAUGUCUGCUCAGGGUAUAGAAAGUGCUUUAAAUAAUCUUAAUCGCGACUAUAGUUGAAUACUAUUGGUUCUAAGCUAUGUUUUCAGGGGUAAUCGUGAGAAGAGGAACAAAAAGCAAAAGCAUACGCAAACCUUUGCAAAUGUAUGGUUGUGGAACAUAGAAAAAAACUCAAAAGAAAAAGUCCAUAUAUUGAAGACAAGGAAAAAAAAAAAAAGGAGUUCAGAAACCUUGGAUUUCUUGUGGCUGUCAUGAAAAACUGAGAGAAAUUUUGAUUACUUAAUGCAAAACAUUUUUGAAUAGAGUUGAGCUAUAGCUAACUGAAGGCUGAGACUUAAAGAUUAAUAUGGUUUCUAACACAGGCAAAAGUAAUCCUUUACGUAGAAGAGCUUGGUUGAAAGGAAGGAAGUGAUGUAGCAAAUCUCAGUUUUCAAAAGCCUCUCUUCUUCAUCUUCUCAGAUAACUGUUUUGAGAUGCUGACAUAGGAUAUACCUACAGUGUGUGUCCAGACUAGAAGUAAGGAGGUUGUGUUUUUAAGGAAAGGGGAACCAGAGAUUUAGAAAUUAUAGCUUUUAGAUCAUGUUGUACAAGUUUUCUCUGUGUCUAAAUGUUACAAGGGUGAACAACACCAAUUUUGGAAUUCAUGUUGUAAAAGCACAUUUGUAUAAUUUGAAAUAAUGUAUAUUGAAAAUAAUACUAAGUAGAAAUGGAAUUACAUGUAUCGAGAAGUAAAAGCCAUGACUGGCUAACGGAAAAGAAUAUUGUCCCAUAAACUGUUGGAACCUUGGUUGAAAACAUCAAAAUCCCCAUAAAUAACCCUUAAUCCAAGACAUUUUCAAUCUACAUACCAAAGGACCUAGAUUAAAUUGAUAUAUUCUAGGGAGCAUGAUAACUUGUGCUUUGUGAAGUUGCAAAUCAAUGUACGAUCCCACAUAUUUUCUUUCUCUGAAGUAAUAAAUGCACAGAGAGAAAGUUCUUCCUCUGGCAAACAAAUCAUACUAAUCUGUGACAUUGAUUAAAUUGGUGUCAUUUCCUGCUCUUCCACAGUUUCUUUUUCCCUUACUAUGUUAAUUGAUUGUAAAAUGAAAACCCUGACACCAAAUUCAAGUUCUCUCUAGUGCUCUAUUUUCCUACUUUAGUGACAGUAUCACAGUGUUGGGAAAAUAUGUGAAAAAUCAAUGUUAUAUUAAGGUGAAAGUGUUCUUGGAGCUACUGUAAUAAUAUAGAAUAAAAGGACCAAUUUCUAAGUCAUUAAAAUGAAACAUCCUCUUCCCCAUCAACCAACAACAUGAACAAGGAAGUUACAUGGACUUGGAGGAGUUGAACUCAGCUGGGAUUCAAAGCCUGGCCUCUGGCCUUGGUUCUGCCACGAACUGUCACUGUGCACAUGUCACUUAAACUCAAUUUUCCUCAGUUUUCUUAUUUGUGGGAAAAUAUAAUUACAUAUUCCUAACCUUCCUAAUGGGAUGUUGGGAUGAUCAAACUAAGUGAUCUAUGAGAAAAGAUGAAAGCACAUUUCCAAAUAUAGUUUUAUACACAUAAGAAAGGAAUAGGCAUUAUGCAGUUUUUUCCCCAAUUUUGUAUGUGAAAAAGCAUCUUCAAAACCAAUGGCAAGCAAAGACAUGGAUAAAAGCAGUAUAUUAACUCCAAAACCAAUUUUUUCUUAAAAUAUGAACUUCUAUAAAUUUUGAUUUAGCCAAAAGAGGUUUAAAAAUUUUUAAAGGUUAAAAACUUAAUAAAAAUGAUUUACAAAUUGGGUUAUCAUAAAUUAAAUAAAUUAUACUGAUCUUAUCCUAUUCCCAAACCCACAAAAAUAAAUUGAUUCUCUGUGAAUUCUGAGUUUAAAAGCUGCUUCUUAUUCAAGGGUGAGGUUUUAGUGGAAUUAGAGAAAUUUUCUACAAACAUAUUGGUCAGAUAUUGAAUUUUCUCAUUUUUAAAGAAAAACAUACUUGAAAUCUGAGAGAAAUUGAUUAAACUUGAGACAUUAAAAAUUAAAUAAUUUAUAACAAACCCCAUGUUACAUAUCUUUAUUAUAUUCAUGGAGAUAUAUAAAUGUACUCCUUUCCAGUCUAGAAAAGGUAACAGUCACUUUUCUUCCCUCUACUUUGUAAUCUCCCUCCCCUGACAAUGCAGUUUUAUCAUUGAUUAUUGCUGUGAAAUGAGCAUGCAGUGAGAGGAUCGCAAAGUUGCUAGAAUUUUAUUUUUAGAGACAAGUAGAUCUGCUGAUGGUUGCCAUGGAUAUUUCCAGCAGAAUUUAGCACUUUAGGGAGCUUAUAAUCAUCACGUAAUUGGGGAAUGACAGGGUUCAGGAAGAUCUCCUUCUGACAUGAAAAGGCUCUAUUGUGUGUCCUUCAAAGGAGACUCUCGCGUCCGUGGGUCCUCUCCUGCAGCCACUCAACCCAGAAGUGUGCAUGAGAGCUUCAUGACCAGUUGGCUCACGUCAUUACAGUUGCCAUUUCUGUUAAAAUACACAAAAGGAGGUGCCACCAAAACAAAGAUCAUACCUUGGUAGCUAUUUGACAGGAGAGAGUAGGAGUCACCAUGACAGGUGCCCCUCUAUUCCAGAACGGGUGAUGUGGCCAGGCCAAUCAGGAGAGUUCAUGACAGGGCUUCUUUUUGUGCACCAGCAUCCCUCUUCAGAGAGUGUAAGAUCCUGCCACGUGUGCCAAGUUUGCAGCUGACCGAACACCUACAUUGUACUGGAAUUAUUCUAUGCAACACUGAACCUUAUACAAAUGCAUUUCUUCUGAUAUUGAUUACCCUUCUUACAACAAAACUGUUUCUUUUUUAAUUGCAAAUAGGGCUCGGUGUUUUUUACUUUUUUGUAUAUAUCACAGCACAUGAUUUUCCACUUUUUAUUUCAUUUAUUUUAUUGGGAUUAGCUUUUUUUAUCUUAAUAGAGACAAAGUUUGUAAUCUCUAAAUAACAUGUGAUCAGUCCAGUUACAGCACUUAUACCUUGAAGAGCAUCUUAAUUUUUCCCACAAUUUCAUUAAGUCAUCAGACACAAGUUGCUUCUUGGUUUAAAAUUUGGUCCCCAAGAAACCUUUAGCUGUGAAGCAAAAGCACAGAGUGAAUUUUUACACAAGACAGGGAUGUCUAGAAUGGUCAUUACAGACGUAGAUAAUACUAAGUUUGUGUUUCCCUGUUUUACUUAAGGUUAAGGAGAUUUUUGGUGACUCUGAACUCUUUAUUUAUCAUUUCAGUUUAAAAGAAGAGUAUCCAAGACUAAGGGGAAGUGAUUGUCUUUGCUCCUUAAUGUUGCCUAUAUUGUAAUUAAUCACAUUAAUAAAUGCAUAUUUUCAGCAUAUCAGUGGAUUUAAUUUUGUGGAUCGCACACAUUAAAAUAGUCAUACUGUGGGAAUAUUAUAGCUGGUAACCAGCUGAUACUGAUUCUUAUUAUAGGAAUGGUUGUGAUGAUCAUGGUGAUAGAGGUAGUGAACUAGGUUGGUGGUGAUGUAAAGUAAAAUGAAAUUAUAUACUAUAUUGUGCCCAAUUUAUUAGAAAUGAUUUGAUCAGUGUUUCAUUUCAUUAAGAUAUCAUAAAGAUGUUUAUAGUAUUUUUUUACUUUAUUAUUUAAAUCAUAACUAACAAUAUUUUUAAAAACUUAUUUUCAUUGCUACAAUGUCUAAUAUUCCAAAAGCAGCCAACUACAGCUAUGUAUGUGUUUAUAACUCUAUGUGUGACAGAGUGAUUUUCCCUCUUUUUGAGCUUGAGCUGGAAGUAAAAGAAAGCUCAAUGAAUAAUUAUGAGCUGUCUCUUUAAUAAUAACUUGCCUUUGACGUGACACAAGAAUGAAUGAGUGAAACAGAUAUUCUCAUUGAAUAUGACACAUUGAUGUUUUCUGUAUGUUCCAUGUUGUUGUUAUUAUUAAAGACUCCCUUUAAAUAAAAAUCAUUUAAUCAAAUGAUUCCUUCUCUGAUAGGUAGAUUGAGAGCAUUUUCUUAAUUCGUUACCCUGUACAUAACUAUCCAUUUGGUAUACUAGACGAAGUUGAAAUAUUAAUUCCCUGUGGCAUUCAGCAUGUGAAUAUGAUUCUCGUUUGAUUGUGUAUGUAUAUUUGUUGGUGAUGUGCUCAGGUGCUCCCACUACCAAUGAAUGUGUGUGCUGAUAUCCUAACAAAAACACAUCUGAUGUUAAAGGAAAUAAGUUUCUUGUCUGAAAAGAUAAAAACCUAAUAAAAUUGGUUUCAAAAUAAAAAAUAGAGUACUUGGAGAUACGUCUUGUUUCUAACUACAUGUUGCAUGCCGUGUUGGUGAUUUGCUAAUGUGUUCUUUUUUCUGUUCUACCCAAUCUCUCAACAAUCUAAUGAACCAACAAAAAUUCUUGGGCUAAAGGUUAUAUAAGCUGAACUGAAAUACAUGAGAAUUGUAUAGAAAUGCUUGUAAAUCUGUCUUGAGUUUUACUUUAUGUAAAAAUAUGUCUUGGUUUUGUGAUUGUAUACAAGAUGUAUCUUGAUAACUUAUGCAAACUGUGCUGUAUAAAGGCUGUGGCCUCAGCCUUGCUAAUAAAUAUUGAAAAUAUCAA